GCUGAGUAGUUGUGGUUGUAGCUUAUAAUUCCCUUUCUCCUUUCUCGUGUGGUGCGUGUGUGCAAGUGCAAACUCGAGGUUCAUGAGCGAUUCUUGUUUUAGCAAAACACAGAGACGGUUGAAUUGAAACCAAACCUCUCGCUGCCCCCAUUCGUAAGUCGCCCAGGUUCAUAUUAUGAGCCUUGCUCAGAGUACAAACUUCAAUUACCGGCGACAAAACGACAUAUUUCAUUGAGUUUGACGCGAUUGCUGAAACUGACCCGUAACAUGCAAAUGCUGCAAGCGGGCCUGGCCGGAGAAGGCAGUGACGGGAAAUCAAAUGGCCGGACAGUGUUGGUGGGAGUGAAGUUGGAUCCUCCCAGCAGGGAGUUGCUCACAUUGGCUUUGGUUAAGGUUGCUCAGCCUGGUGAUUUUGUGGUUGCUCUUCAUGUUCUUGGGGACGAUGAAAUUGUGAACCAAGACGGGAAGGCGUCGCUUCUUUCGCUUGUCAAGGCAUUUGACUCUGUUCUUGCUGUUUAUGAAGGAUUUUGCAAUUUGAAACAGGUGGAUCUAAAACUCAAAAUCUGCAGAGGCUCGUCAGUCCGGAAAAUCUUAGUUCGAGAAGCAAACGCCUGUUCUGCAACUCAUAUUUUAGUGGGAACUGCUCAAGGUCUUCGUAAAAUGCGGUCAUCUACCUCCGUAGCUAAGUACUGUUCUAAGAAGCUAUCCAAGGACUGCUGGAUUAUUGCUGUCAAUAAUGGAAAAGUUGUAUUCAAGAGAGAAGGCUCAUCAGCCGCUCCUGUUGACUUGCAAGGAAUGGAUUGUCAUGGCAGAAAUGGCUUGCUUGCUUCAAUUCACCGGACAUUCAGUUCUAGUUCCAGAGUACUAGAUGAUGGCAACACAGGAAUGCUUGACAAGGGUACUUACAAAUCUUCGGAUAACAGCUUAGCCAUGGCCUUUCUCGAUUCUACAGAAACCGUUCAGAAACAGAGCUGCUCACUUUGUGGUCCAGCAUAUGCAUUGCCAAAUUCUGCUUGCAACCAAUGUGCGGAAGAGUCUUCUGGUGACAGUGGCAAAGAGAAUUCUAUGUCUAUAGUGCUUGCACAGACGACCGAGGCAGCAUCAAGUGCUAGCGUUCUGUCAGUCACAGAAUUACCUGAACUAAAACCCGGUUGGCCACUACUACACAGGACAAUUUCAUCAGGUCGGCAAUCUCUUGACAGGUCAUUGGUGCGCCAGAUCUCAGUGGUUCAGUGGGCAAUGCAACUGCCAAGUAGAAACCCUUCAUAUGCUGGGGAUCAUGUUCACAGACCAGUCAGUUCUGGUCCCGAUCAUCAUCAAUCUUUGGGUCUAGAUAGCGAGAGUGGUGCUAUUGUUCCUGUAAAUGCUCAAAUAGGGACUGCCUCUUCGCCUGACCAUAAUUCAAGGAAAAUUCCUGAAGAAUUGAAGUGUCUUUAUGAGAAAUACUCAUCAACCUGCAGAUUGUUUAAGUACCAAGAACUUUUAUUGGCUACAUCAAAUUUCUUGCCUGAAAAUUUGAUUGGGGAAGGAGGAAGUAGUCAGGUUUAUAGAGGUUAUCUUCCUGAUGGCAAGGAACUAGCAGUUAAGAUCCUAAAGCCUUCUGAUGAUGUUUUAAAAGAGUUUCUUUUGGAAAUAGAAAUUAUCACUACCUUGCAUCACAAAAACAUUAUUUCUCUCCUGGGAUUCUGCAUCGAGGACGGCAAUCUUCUUUUGGUGUAUGAUUUCUUAUCAAGAGGAAGCCUUGAAGAGAUUCUUCAUGGGAGCAAGAAAAAUCCACUUGUGUUUGGUUGGACUGAGAGGUAUAAAGUGGCAGUUGGUGUUGCUGAGGCUAUGGAUUAUCUGCAUAAUAGAGAUGCUCAACGUGUGAUUCACAGGGACGUAAAAUCAUCAAAUGUAUUAUUAUCUGAGGAUUUUGAACCCCAGCUAUCUGAUUUUGGGCUUGCUAAAUGGGCAUCAACCUCGUCAUCUCAUAUAACCUGCACAGAUGUUGCUGGGACCUUUGGCUACUUGGCUCCAGAGUAUUUCAUGUAUGGCAAAGUAAAUGCUAAGAUUGAUGUCUACGCCUUUGGAGUUGUGCUCCUUGAGCUUCUAACAGGAAGAAAGCCCAUAAGUGGUGAUUAUCCUAGAGGUCAAGAGAGCCUUGUCAUGUGGGCAAGUCCAAUUCUGAGUAGCGGAAAAGUUGCACAUUUAUUAGAUCCAAGUUUGGGUGGUAACUACGAUCAGGACCAGAUGGAGAGGAUGGUCUUGGCAGCCUCACUUUGCAUCAGACGUGCCCCGAGAGUUAGGCCUCAAAUGAGCCUUAUUACGAAGCUCCUUCAAGGUGAUGCUGAUGUAAUUGAGUGGGCAAGGUUAGAAGUUAAUGCUUCUAAGGCAUUAGAAACGCAUGAUGAUGAAGCUUGUCCACCUUCUAACUUACAGUCACAUCUCAAUCUAGCAUUCCUUGAUAUGGAGGAUGACUCACUCUCCAUGUGCAGUAUUGAGCAAAAUGUCUCCUUAGAGGACUACCUGAGAGGCAGGUGGAGCCGCUCAUCAAGCUUUGAUUGAGCAAAAUAUCGGCAAAUUGCCAGAAAAAACUCUUUCCUCUUAACUGAUGGAUUUGUAGAUAAUACUUACUUGCCGCUUCUAUUUGCUUUUGCAUCCUCAAUGGGAUCUCAUAAAUGGGUUUAGGAUGGGAGGUUGUUUGGGUGCCCUCCACCUUCCCUAAUAGUCAGAAAGCUAGUAUGUGAAUUUUGGAAUAUUUUCCCUUAUGAUUGUAAAUCUAUUGGAAAUUGUACCAGUUUUAAUCCUUUGUCUGUAUGGAUAAAUUUGCAAUGGUAAUGGUCUAAAAGAUGAACCAGUUAUAUCAUAUA